AUGCUCACGCGGCAUUACUCGAAGCUCAAAGGUCGGCGUUUGUGCUCUAUAUGACUGAGAUGUCAUCUACAACGCAUUUUUCUUUUUAGACAAAUUAUUACUUACUUAGUUAGAAGAAGCUAUCAAUUAUUCAAAAAAAAGGAGAAAAUCUCAAUAAACUUACUUUUCAGCCCUAAUAGAAUUUCGGGGGGAAAUUCUUAAGACAUUAUUUACCACCAAAGUUUUAUUGAGAAUCAUUACUUUCAUACUUCCUACUUUUGAGUUUCCCGUCAUUCGCUACCGAAAAUUCAAAAAUGAGGUAUUGAAGUGCACGUUUCUCUAUUGGUUGCGAUGCAUUGAGAACGAUGAUCGGAACGCUCCUUUGUGGGAGACGCGUGCGAUUUCGAUAGAUGACGUAAUAGUUGGCUGGGAAAAUGCCGGCAGCGGGCAUCUGUCGAACUCCUUUCAGGACAUGCUCUCUUAAGGAGCCACUAAAAGAAUUAUCGGAGGGGGACUGUUGGACUGGACGAAGCAGGGAAACACGCUGUCGUUGCCUCAGAAGGUCUUCUUCGAGAAGAACGGCUUCCUCGUCGUCAACGAAUGCGUCAGACAGCAGGACAUUCAGCGAUAUCGCGACCACUUUCAGGUAAUUCAAGGAAGGCUCAAUGAUCUCCCUAUGUUUUUUGGCCAUUUGCGAAAAGAAGGUGUCGGUCGCGAGAAGCAUGACCGUCAUGAAGGAUGUUUCCAUCAAAAAGUCAGAGUUUGAACACAGUUCGUUUAUUGUUUUUUGUUUUCACAAUGCUAUAAAAGUCCAGGCGAGAAAGCGAUCACGAAAAUUCAAGACUUUGCCGAUGAUCCCGUCCUUUUCGAAUAUUGCAAAAAUGAUAGUGUGCGUUUUCUUUGAACUCGUAGGGCUCAACAUUAUCCGUUCAGAUAGUCAAUGUUGUGAAGGAUUUGAUCGGCGGACCCGACUCCAAUCUGAUGGCCAUGCAUACGAUGCUCAUAAAUAAGCCGCCGGACAGCGGUGAGUCGCUUCGGACGCGUUGCGGAUGCGCAGCGAUUAUGACGUCAUUAUGAUAGUUUAGUACAAAGAUUGGCAUAUUUACUGCUCUUCUAAAGUAUUCCAGAAGUUUUUUGAGUCAUUUCAAGAAAAGUACUUACUCUUAUAAUUUAUUUAAUUCACACUGGUUCUCAAUAACGUCUUUCGUUGAAGGAUCUUUCAAACGAGUGAUCUAUAGUCUGUUCAGAUUUUGAAUGUCAACCAGCUAACUCCGCCUCUGCUGAGACGGUACCUUUUCGCGUCGAUGUUUUAUCGCGCGGGACAAUUUUUGAUCUUUUUUGAUCUAAAAGAUAGAAAAAGAAGUCAAAAAUGCAGCCUUAUUAAAGGGCCAUCGUCAUCUGUAGAUAAAACAUUGACGCGAAAGAUAUUGUAGCCUUGGGGGUGGAGUUAGCUGCUUGACAUUUAAAAUCUGAACAGACUAUAUGACUGACUUGUUUGAAAACUUGAAGUGAUGGUUUCGACGAAAAACAGUGUGCAAAAAAAAAGAGAUUUAGACGUCUCUGUAGUACUUUUUGUUAGCCGCGAUGUCAGAAAUGCCGAAAAAAAAAAAUUUUUACUAUUGAAAAGGAGAAAAAAUUAACUUCAGGAAAACUGACUUCAAGGCACCCGCAUCACCAAGAUUUGAUCUACUUCCCCUUCAGACCUGCCGACUUUAUUUGUUGCGCUUGGACCGCCAUGGAAAAAGUCUUUUCUUCCUUCUUCGUCGUAUAUUUUCUGAAUUGGCUCGCAGAUUACGAAAGAAAACGGCUGCCUGGAAGUGGUACCCGGCUCGCACAAGCUAGAGCUUCUCCCUCAUGGUUAUCCGGAUUGGGAGGUCUAAUUUGUCCUUAUUCCAAUUUCGAGCUCGAAAAGAAGUCUUAAUAGUAAAUGACCCAAAAUUUUCUCACAAAAAUAACCUCAAACUUUUCCUUCAUUCAGGGCGGCGUCAACAAAGCCUACUACGGUAUCCAGAAUUACGAUCCGAGCAUGGAGCGUGUUUUUGUGGAGAUGAACCCAGGAGAUACAGUUUUCUUCCAUCCAGUGCUGGUUCACGGAUCCGGAGCCAAUCAAACCAAAGGUGCUUUUGAAGAGAUUCAUAUUAUUCUAUGACUUGAUGGUUAGAAAAAAAGAUUUUUGCAUAUUAGGGCUCCGGAUUUAGAGCUUUUUUUUAUCUCGAAUCUUGUUCAACAUUUCCUAAAUUAGUUCAUUAAGAACGGAAUUCCCACUUCACAUAUGAAAUGAGUCCAUCAAUUUAUUGAAGGCUAUCGGAAGGCGAUAUCGUGCCACUACGCCAACGACGACAAGUGUCACUACAUCGAAGUGAAAGGCACCCAACAAGAGGUCAGAAAAGAGAUUGAUUUCUUUUUUUUACCUAGCGCGAAAUUUCAUCUUUCAGCAAGUCGGUGAUGAAAUCGUUGAAAUGGUACGUAAAAACGCGCAAAAGUUUGGCUUGAAAGACGGCGAACAUGUCGAUUUCGCGGUGGGGCAUUCUUUCUCAAAACGUCGAGGCUAUAUUUUUUUUUUGCAGAAAACUUGGCGUCUCCGUGGUCGUCCAAUUACCGGAAAGAGACGGAAUUUGUGA